AUGCCUUGGUUCAGGAGCGGCGAUGCCGAAAAAACCAACGGUGAUGCGGAGACGGCUGCCGCCAAGGAGCGCGCGAGCCUCGAGGAGGCACUGCAGUGGACGAGCCUUGUGAUGAACGACGACCUCGACGGAGCCUUCGAGGCCCUGCAGCGCGGCGACUCCUCCUUCCACAGCCUCGGCGAGUCCGUCACAUUCUUCAUGCGCUCCAUCCUCGGCUUCGAGAAGCAGGUCAUGGCCGAGGCGUCGUCGCGACUGGCCGAUUGCGAGACGCGCGCCUGGAACGACUUUAAGCGCGCGCAGCAGCGGCCCGGCAGCAAGCUGUACCCGGCCGGGACCGAGUACGAGCUCGUGCGUGCCGAGGCGCAGCUCAUGGGCGCCGUCGUCGGCGUCCUGCACGAGAGCCUCGUCGAGGCGAUGCGAAGCUUCCUCAAGCUACGCAAGGCCUUCAUCAUCCUCGACGGCAUCAUCGCCACCGAGACGAAGAUGCUCGCGGCACGUGCCGAGGAUGGCAACGGUGGUGACGGCGGCGGCACCAGCGGCAGCGCGGUGGAGGCUGCCGACGCCGUCGAGGGUGAGGGUGCCGAAGCCGGGAAGACGUCGACGACGGCAGCGGCCGACGCUGACGAGACGAAAGCCCCCCUCGCGGCUCCGCAAUCCAAGGUGACGGACGAGGAGCUGCGGGUCGUCGAUGCCGUUGACAUCUUCAUCCACUCGGGCGCGAACAUGUGCUUCGGCAUCAUCCUCCUCAUCCUCAGCCUCAUACCGCCCGCCUUCUCGCGCAUCCUCGCCGUCGUCGGCUUCCGGGGCGAUCGUGCGCGCGGCGUCAAGAUGCUCUGGAAAUCGGCCUCGCACGACAACGUCAACGGCGCGCUGGCCGGCAUGGUCCUGCUCGGCUACUACAACGGCCUCCUGGGCGCCGUCGACAUCGCGCCCGACGCGGGCGACUACGACGACGACGCCGAGGCCGUCGGCGCACCGCUGGAGAAGUGCAACCGGCUGCUGGCCGAGCUGCGCACGCGGUACCCCGACUCGCGUCUCUGGCGCGUCGAGGAGGCACGGCUGCUGGCCAACAACCGCAAGCUCGCCGAGGCCGUCCAGCUCCUCUCGACGGGGCCCGAGUCGCGGAUGAAGCAGGUGACAGCCCUCAACGACUUCGAGCUCGCCACCGACGCCGCCAUGAUCCAGGACUGGGUCCUCAUGCGCGACACCUUCCUGCUCUGCCUCGAGGUCAACGACUGGAGCCCGGCCAUGUACCACUACAUGGCCGGCUGCGCCUCGCUCGAGCUCUACCGCGACGCCGUCGCCGCCGGCGACGAAGAGGGCGCGCGCCGCCGCAAGGCCGAGGCCGAGGCGUCGCUGCGCAAGGGGCCCCAGGUGGCCGGCAAGAAGCGGCUCAUGGCCCGCCAGCUGCCCAUCGAGACCUUUGUCCAGCGGAAGGUGGUCAAGUGGGAGGGCCAGGCCAAGGCGUGGGGGGUCGACCUCGCCGACGCCAUCGGCGCGAGCCCGGCGCUCGAGAUGUGCUACAUGUGGAACGGGCCGAAGCGGAUGGGCGACGACGACCUCGCUCGCGGGGUAAAGAACCUCGCCUGGACGCGCUGCACGGCGCCGGCCGACGUCCUCGACGAGCGCAUCCGCCGCGACGGCGUCGAGGUGGCCGUUUGGGCCGUCAGCAUGUCGGGCAUGCUGCGAGCCCAAGGGAAGCUCGACGAGGCGCGCCGGGUGAUUGAGGAGCACGUCAUGAUCCACGACCGCGCCAUCUUCAAGGGCGCGAACAAGGACGACUACGUGCUGCCGACGGCGACGUACGAGCUUGGCGUCAUCGAGUGGGUGGCCUGCUGCCACCCGCCCGCCGACCUCGCGGCCGAGGACGUGGCCGCCUACCGCCGGGGCAAGCUCGACGAGUGCGAGGCCCAGCUCAACAAGGCCAAGGCGUGGGAGUCCUACACGCUCGACGCGCGCAUCGGCAUGCGCAUCCAGAGCGGGCUCGAGACGGUCGCCUGGUUGCGGCGGAAGAUGAGCUGCAGCUCAUUCCGUCGCCUCCUCGGCCGUCGCCCCUCGACACCGCCGACGACGUGGAGCCUUGCUACGGGAUACCAGAGCCGGCCGCAGAGGGCGAAGGCCCUGGACACGGACGAGGGCGGCCCAGACGAGUCGGAGGAAGCGCCGGUUGAGGGAGGAGGUGAACUGCGAGGCGGGAGGGGCGAGGUGGUGGCCGAGGAGGGGAACGAUGAGGAGUAA